UAUGCACCAACGAAAUAGCCCGGGUCGCCAAAUCCGUAGGGCUGGUAUACACGGCCAAGUCUGAUGACCUUGACCUUUGAGCGAUUGCAUGUCGAUCAUCAUUCGAGCAUCAGUGAAAAUGACGCACAGGAGACGGUGGCUUCACGCGCUGACGGCGCGAUACAAAAGCUUCACUGUUCUACUUAUAGGUCAGGUUCAAUUAGGAAGCGACUUCAUUCUUCUGCCGUAUUACUCUCUUCGUUCAUGAACUCACGAUGACCGUCUGGACUUCCCUUCCCCUUUCCACUGUCAAUGCAUUGGACAUUGGCAAGCGAUCGAGAGCUGCAGCUAUUGGUUUGCUCUUCUAUGACCAUAUAAUCACUUUCCAUCUGGAGGUCGAUCUCAUCUGGACACAAGCCAAGAACUGGCCGGCGUUCAGCCUCUAUAUAUUCAAUCGAUUCUUUGCGCUGACGUACCUUGUCUUCGAUUCGAUUCCACUAACACCAUCCGGAGUGGUGUCUUCUAAGGUGAGCAUAUGCGUGAUAUAUCUCAUGUGCGACGACAUUGUUACUCUGCUUACAACUCUAACGGUUCAGGCCGUACUCCAACUUCGAGUGUAUGCGCUGUACGAACGUAGUCACAAGAUCCUUGUGUUGCUCUUGACUUUAUGUGCCAUGGAAGUCGCAACGAUGGCUGUACUUGUAGGGAUCACUAUCAGUCGCCUGUCGCACCUCCCAGUUGUUUCGACGCCAACCGGAUGCUAUUACUCAGCACAUAAGGCUUGGUCAUUCAAGAGCCAGCGCCCCAGGAUACCUUUGAUAUCGCGCAUGGCCAAAGAUAGCUUGAUUUAUUUCUUAGCUGUGUUCGCUGAACUGUUCAUCAGCACAAUGAUUUGGGCUCGCAACCCAAGCUACAUCAACGUCAUCAUGCCAUGGUCCGCCGCUCUGCCCUCUAUCCUAUGCAGCAGACUGUUGCUGAACAUGCGAGAAAUGGUCAACAAUCAAGGAAACAAUUCGUACAUCAUGGAAUCCUUCGCUCAAACGGAGACCCUAUUCUUCCAGGACCCUAGUACUACAAUAGAUCAUCCCCCGGAUGAGGUGGAGUUAUCUUCCAUCAAGAACGGACGUUAUACAGAGACUCGGCGCGAGUAAUCAUGACAUUAGAGCACCCUCCAAUCACCCUCCGAUGCGAUUUUUUUUACUCCACCGUUACAGUUAAGUUAUAAAGGGAUCACUCGCAC